GGAUCCCCCCGCUCCAGGCAGCCACCAGGAUGGCCGAGGAGGUGACCACUGUCCCCAUGGAGACACACACUGUCCCGAGUGAGUACAGCGACUACCACAACCUGUCCGAGCUGUUCUACCUCCUGAACCACACCUACACCUUCUGCGAGUUCAGCCUGGACGAGAACAUCAAACGAGUCGUUCUCUUCAUCCUCUACCUGGUCAUCUUCGUGGUGGGCUUGGUGGAGAACCUCCUCGUCAUCUGGGUCAACUGGCAGACAAGGGGCACCAAGAACUUGGUCAACCUGUACAUCAUCAACAUGGCCAUCGCCGACCUGGGCGUGCUGCUCUCGCUGCCCAUCUGGAUGCUGGAGGUGAUGCUGGAUUACACCUGGCUCUGGGGCAGCUUCCUCUGCCGCUUCACCCACUACUUCUACUUCGGCAACAUGUACGCCAGCAUCUUCUUCCUCACCUGCCUGAGCGUGGAUCGCUACGUGACCCUGACCAGCUCCUCUGUCUUCUGGCAGCGGCACCAGCACCGCGCGCGCCGCGCCGUCUGCGCCUGCUGCUGGCUCCUGGCCGCCGCCGUCCCCGUGCUGGAGGUGGCCCACAUGCAGCUGGUCAACACUGGGGAGCCCAUCUGCAUCUUCAUGGCUCCUUUUGAGACGUACGACGAGUGGGCUCUGGCGGUCAGCUUGGCCACCACCACCGUCGGCUUCCUCAUCCCCUUCCCCGUCAUCGCGGCGUUCAACGUGCUGACGGCGCGCUUCAUCCGGCGCGCCAAGCCCGAGAGCCGCAAGCACUGCCUGCUCAUCUACGCCUACGUCGGGGUGUUCCUGCUCAGCUGGCUGCCCUUCCACGUGGUGCUGACCCUGCUGACCCUCGAGGGCAACCACCUCAUCCUGCACUGCACCUUCGCCCACCUCCUCUACUUCUUCUACGACAUCAUCGACUGCUUCACGCUGCUGCACUGCGUCGUCAACCCCAUCCUCUACAACUUCCUCAGCAAGAACUUCCGCAGCAAACUCAUCUCCGCCGUGGUCAAGUACAUCCCCAAGGACCACGGUGGCCAGAAGGGAGCUGGGAAUUCCUCCUCCAGCACGCAGCACUCCAUAGUCAUCGCCAAGGACAACAGCCCUCCCAGCUAAAGAGGGUCAGACUCUCCCGACUUCCAUCCUGGUGGCUCCAUCCUGGGGACAGUGGGAUUGGUUUUCCUGUUGCUGAGGACACGAUUUGCUUGGGCACCUCCCGUGCCAGGCUUGAGGAGAGCUGGGAGCUAUGGACAUCUUGCCCUGGAGCGCUGUUGUGUUCAACCUGAAGGAAGGAUAAGAGAAAAUUAUAUUCCCCGUUUGAUAAGAACAUUACAUUCCCUUGCAAUAAUAAAGUUUGUUACU